AAACGUGGCGGCGAUUUAUCAUAUAAGUUAGGUUAUAAUAUCGUAUGCAUCAAAAUCAUACAAUUAUUUAUAAGCUAGUUUUUUAAGGAAAAAACACUUAAAUUUAGUGAAUUUGCAGUGCGAAAUCUUUAAAAAACCACAGACGAACACUUGGCACAAACGAAAGUUACGUGUGAACGUCGUGGCUUUUGUUUAAUUGUUUUGAAGGGAAAGAACUUUGGCAACGUUGAAACCAAUCUAAGAUACAUACAAAACCACAAAAACACCAGCAACAGUGUAAAAAUUCAAAAAGUGAUCCCCAAAAAAAGCUACCAACCGAACACAAGUUAAUUUCUUUGCACCCCGUGUUAAUAAAAAAGCGGCAAGAUUACGUCAAUUAUAGAGAAUCUACCCGGCGCUAUAGCUCACAACCACAACCAGAACAACAUCAUGGAGGAAGACGAGAGGGGCAAACUGUUUGUGGGCGGCUUGUCCUGGGAGACGACGCAGGAGAAUCUGUCUCGCUACUUCUGCCGCUUCGGAGACAUCAUCGACUGCGUGGUUAUGAAGAACAACGAGAGCGGCAGGUCGCGAGGCUUUGGCUUUGUGACCUUUGCCGAUCCCACCAAUGUAAACCACGUGCUGCAGAACGGACCGCACACGCUAGACGGCCGCACCAUCGACCCCAAGCCGUGCAAUCCGCGUACGCUGCAGAAACCCAAGAAAGGCGGUGGCUACAAGGUCUUCCUGGGCGGCCUGCCCUCGAACGUCACUGAGACCGAUCUGCGCACCUUCUUCGGACGCUACGGCAAGGUCACCGAGGUGGUCAUCAUGUACGACCAGGAGAAGAAGAAGUCUCGCGGCUUUGGUUUCCUCUCUUUCGAGGAAGAGUCCUCCGUGGAACACGUGACUAACGAGCGGUACAUCAAUUUGAAUGGCAAGCAGGUCGAGAUCAAGAAGGCCGAGCCUCGUGACGGAUCUGGUGGUCAGAACUCCAACAACAGCACGGUGGGCGGAGCCUAUGGCAAGCUGGGCAACGAGUGCAGCCACUGGGGACCGCACCAUGCUCCCAUCAACAUGAUGCAGGGCCAGAACGGCCAGAUGGGCGGACCGCCGCUGAACAUGCCUAUUGGAGCGCCGAACAUGAUGCCUGGCUAUCAGGGCUGGGGUACAUCGCCGCAGCAGCAGCAGUACGGCUAUGGCAACAGCGGUCCGGGAUCGUACCAAGGCUGGGGAGCUCCGCCAGGACCCCAGGGACCGCCACCGCAGUGGUCAAACUACGCUGGACCGCAGCAAACGCAGGGCUACGGCGGCUAUGACAUGUACAACUCGACGUCGACCGGAGCUCCUUCGGGACCUUCGGGUGGUGGCAGCUGGAAUUCGUGGAACAUGCCACCCAACUCUGCCGGACCGACUGGGGCACCAGGAGCCGGAGCGGGCACCGCCACAGACAUGUACUCGCGAGCCCAGACCUGGGCAGCGGGCGGUCCCUCAACCACCGGACCCGUGGGCGGCAUGCCGCGAACUGGACCCGGAAACUCGGCAUCCAAGUCCGGAUCUGAGUAUGACUACGGCGGCUAUGGUUCCGGCUAUGACUACGACUACAGCAACUACGUGAAGCAGGAGGGCGCCUCCAACUAUGGAGCCGGACCGCGGUCAGCGUAUGGCAACGAUAGCUCCACGCAGCCACCCUAUGCAACCUCGCAGGCUGUCUAAGCAGGUGGAUCGUGAGGAGGAGGAGGAGUAGCAGGCGGAGCGAGCAUGUCGUCGUCGGCGUCGUCCUCGGCGAAUGAUGAAGAAGACAGAAAAGAUGGUGGUAAUUGUAAGCUAAAGCGUCGUCUGUUCGUUUUUAUUUCAGAUCAGAUCAGUUGUUGAAAUUAAUAUUUAAAACUCUUGUACAACUAUUAUUUAAAGCGAAGCAAAUUUAACACGAGAAUACCUAGCGACAAGUCAGAUUAAUAGAUAUACAUGUAUGUCCUAUAGCAGCGAGUAUGUAAAAUUCAUAGGCAAAACAUCAGCACUCACUCACAUUCAGACAAGAGAACAUUAUUUCUUUCAUGCGCCUCAUAAACACCACACAACACACACCACAAACAUUCUCCUGUAUCCCCCACACUCACAAACCAAACAGCCAGAAUCAACUAACAAGAACUUCCCAACCAACUAAAACCCGUAGAUACAUCUGAUACAUGGCAUUAACAAACAAAAUAGAAAUGUGAAGAUUUAAACGUAAUGAUUUACAAGUAUAAAGUUUAGCUAAUUAGACACAAGAAGAUCAAGAAUAGAGUGCGAAAUACCAACACAAAGAAAAUAAGAACUUUUAAUUUUAUUUAAAGAGUAAACAAGUAAAAGAUCCCCUUAAUAACUAAAAUUAGUAAAUACAAAUUCGAAAUUGUACAUUUUAAAGCAAAAACACGUCGGUCUCCGAUCGGCUUUCGCCACCGCCCGAUUUCUAUAUCGGGCGACAAGGUUUAAGUUAGGGUUUGAGAAGGAACUGGCUGCAGAUAUGUAGUCGAUUCCGAGAGCUCUGUGCUUGCCUUAGCUUUUGUGACUCAUUGACGUGGUUAAAGAUAUGGCGGCAUAUCUUCGAUUUUGAACCCAGACAAUUGCCAAAUCUAAUCGACAAUUGUUUUAUCGUCUAAUGGGUCGCUAGAUGAGAGAGUGUGGUGGCGAGAAAGGGCGGUACUGACAUGGGAAAGAUACGUUACAAAAUUAAAAAUUUACCAUUUAAAGUAAACAAAACAAAAACUAGCUAAAAGUUAAACUACAUAUAUAAAGAAACCUAAUUAAUAAGCGUACGAGGUCGUUUACAUCUAAGCGAAAGUUGAACUUGAAACUAGAAUUAUAUAGUGCGUUGGAUUUAUUAUUUAGUUAAAGCGAAGUGAAGAAGCCAAGCAGCAGCAGCAUGAUAAUGAUGAUUGAUUAUAAUGGAUAUGGAAAUCAACAAAACACACUCUUAACCAAUAUACAUAAAAACUAUAUACAUACAUACUUAUAUACAAUAUAUAUAUAUAUAUAUAUAUGACGAGUAUAUAUAGAAAGGAAACAAAAAAGGAAAAAAGAGUAAAAAAAGAGCAAAAGGAAACGUAAAUUUAAAGCUACAGUUAAUGAAAGUAAAAAGUACAGAGUAAAAAAAAAGGGAGGCAGGCAGAGAGAAUAGGACAAGUUAAACAAGUUACAAAAUACGAUGCUUAGAGUUGCGUUGCACAUUUUUUUUCAAAUUUUCAUCGUUUGCCAAGCAGACAACAACAACAGCAGGAACAACAACAACCAACGACAACAGCCAGCUAAAAGUGUGCACUACAAAAACAUCAGUCAACAACAACACCAUCAACACGCACACCUACUCACACUUAACCCCAUUUAAUACCAACAACAAGAACAGAAGCAAGACACAGAGAGAAAAGAGGAGGGUAUAAGGAAAAGAAUGAGGAAAAGGAAGAGAAGAACUUUAAUUGAUUAUGAACAUAACAUAUAUAUAUCUUUAAUUACUUAUACAUAUUUACUCUUAACUACUUUGCACGCUCACUUAAACGAGCGCGCACUGUGUGUAAAGCAAGAUGAAAGUAAACUAUUUUAAUGAUGAUUAUAUGAUUGCGAUUUUACAAUUUAUUAUUACAAAACAAAAUGAUGAAAAAAACAACAAAAACAAAAUGAGAAACAUACAUAUUAUAUGCUAAUACAUUUACCAUACACAUAUAUUAUAAAAUAUGAAGUAAUUUUUUCUAUUAAAAUACCAUACACUAA